CAGUGUGCUGGGAUCUCGUUGAGACACCAGCUCCCAUUUCUCUCUCAUGCUGCCUCUCCCACCACUCUGUGACCUGGGUCCUCCUGUUGUCUCAUCUUUGCCUCCUCACCCCCUUGCUCCUUAGGAAGCAGUGUCUACGUCUGUGUUCUCUUUGCAAUGUCUCCUCUCUGCUUUGCCUAACAGCCGCUCUGCCCUCGACAUGGACAUCGGAGGACUGACCACGGUGGUAGCUAAUUCCGCUUACAUCAACGCUCGCGGAAGCGUCGACGGCUCCAACACGGCGGCAGCUCGAGAUAAGAAGUACCGUUCUCGCCUCAAACUGCCGCACAUCACCGUGUGCGAGGACCUGCGGGACACCUUGGAGGUGGCCUUUGACACGGUCUGCGUGGAACAGCCAAUCGGCAAGUGCCUCUUUAAGGAAUUCUUGGAUUCGAACACAGAGUAUCACGGGGCUUGCCGCUUGUGGAGAGACAUCGAGGGAUACGACCUGGCGGAGGACUGCGACAGGGCGAAGAAGGCCUCGAAGAUUGUCGAUCGUCACAUGGACCCCUCUGCCAAACACUCCUGCCCGUUCCUGCCCGAGGACGUCGUCGCCAAGGUGAAGGAAACCAAGGAGGCUGCAGGCGAUGAUUUAUUCGCGGCAGCUUUGGCCUCGACGCUGGACUUUCUGCGUGAGGCGCCCUACACUUCCUUCCUGGAGAGCUUGUACUUAAAGAGGUAUCUGCAGUGGAAGUGGCUCGAGAUGCAGCCCAUGGAUGCAGACUGGUUCCUCGACUUCCGCGUGCUGGGCAAAGGAGGCUUUGGGGAGGUGUCUGCCUGUCAGAUGAAAGCCACGGGGAAAUUGUACGCCUGUAAGAAACUCAACAAGAAGAGGCUGAAGAAGAGGAAAGGCUAUGAGGGGGCGAUGGUGGAGAAGAGGAUCCUGGAGAAGGUUCACAGUCGCUUCAUUGUGUCAUUGGCGUACGCCUUUCAGACAAAAGACGAACUUUGUCUGGUCAUGACCAUCAUGAACGGAGGAGACCUCAAGUACCACGUCUACCUGGUGGAUGAGAACAACCCGGGGUUCGACGAGCCCAGAGCCUGUUUUUACAUCGCUCAGAUCAUCCAGGGUUUGGAGCACCUCCACCAGAAAAGGAUAAUCUACAGGGACCUCAAACCAGAAAAUGUGCUCCUAGAUAACGAUGGGAAUGUGCGUAUAUCUGACCUGGGUCUCGCUGUGGAGCUAAGAGAAGGCAAAACACAGACCAAAGGAUACGCUGGGACACCAGGCUACAUGGCUCCAGAGAUGAUCAAAGGAGAGAAGUACGACACCUCCGUCGACUACUUCACUCUGGGAGUGACGCUGUUUGAGUUCAUCGCCGCUCAGAACCCGUUCAGAAACCGGGGGGAGAAGCUUGAUCGCGAGCAGAUGAAAGAGCGCAUGCUGACCCGGACGGUGACCUACCCGGACAACUUCAACGAGCAUUCAAAGUCGCUCUGUGACGCGCUGCUGGCUAAGGAGGUGGAUCAGAGGUUGGGCUUUAGGAACGGCUGCUGUGACGAGCUCAGGGCACACGCCUUCUUCAGCGACAUCAACUGGAGGAAACUGAACGCAGGUAUUCUGCCUCCUCCUUUCAUCCCCGACCCUAAAGUGGUGUACGCUAAAAGUCUGGAUGACGUCGGGGCCUUCUCCUCGGUGAAGGGAGUCGGCUUGGAGGAAUCCGACAAGACCAUUUUUGACGAGUUCUCCUCGGGCAACAUCCCGAUCCCCUGGCAAGAGGAGAUGAUCGAAACGGGCAUUUACGGAGAGCUCAACAUUUGGGGUCCUCGUGGCAGCGUCCCAAACGACCUCCGCAUAGAGUCGAUACUCGAGCAGCCAAAGUCCUCAACCUGCUGCGUAUCGUAGAGUCAUCGAAACACCUGGAAAAUACCUCGGCCAUGCACACACACACACACACACACACACACACGUGCAGCAUUAAGACUCAAAUACUCAGGAUACAAGUCUCUUCUGAACUUUCUGAUUGCAGAGUUUAAACUUUUAUUGGUAAGUGCAGGAAAACAACAACAACGACUAGGUGGAUUUUCAACCUGGAGUGGACUUAAAAGUAGAUUUAGCUGUAGAACACCUUUACAUUAUUUUUUAAUGCUUUUAGAUUUUAAAUGCAUUAUAAGAAUCUAUAUAAUGAAUAAUAUUUAAAUUGUUUUUGGUGCUGAGUGUUAAGCCCAUUUUAAACAUGAACAUUACAUAUGAGCUUCUAUAGAGUGUAUCACAUUUAAAUAAAUAGUGCUUUUUACUUUAUGAGUUGUGUGCUAAGUUAUUGUAGUCUUAUAUAUUUAGAGCAAAACAUUUUAUUUUAAAAAACGGAUUGUUGAGCAAAAGUUACAUUCAGAAAUCAAACGUAUGAAAAAAGUGCUGGCAAAUAAAAGAGCUUAUUUAAAUGGGAA